AUGGGACAAGACAAGCUUCUUUGUCUGGUUAGAAGACACGUGGCACAGGCCAGAGUGCAGCCGACUCUCUCGUCCGAACAAGUGGAUCUCCUGUUUCGAGAGCCCGGGAUAUUAUCUGGCUACCGACCCUCAGGACAGGGGUUUAUUUACUACUUUGCUAGCAUUCUUCAUAUUCACAAUGAAACAAUCAAUAUAUGGACACAUCUUGUAGGCUUUUUCCUGAUCCUCUACAGAUGGCUGAGCCUGCUUUAUGACCCUUCCUCCAGCUCAGAUUUCCUUCCGGUUAUUACAGCUUUCAGUGUGUGUUGUCUGGCUUAUACAUUCUGUAGUACUCUAGCUCAUACGUUACAUUCCAAAUCUCCCGGCCUCCAUUAUCUCUGCUUCCAAAUAGAUUAUGCAGGAAUAGGCUUCUAUACACUGGGCUGUAGUAUAUACGUAUUUUACGUCAGUUGUUAUCACCAGUAUUUUGUAACACUGCGGCGUUACUUUCUUCCCUCCGUGGUCAUCAUGAGUGCAACUGGGUGCCUCUGCUGCUGUAUAGCCAAGCUGAAGUACACACGACCUUAUCCUUUCCGGAGGAAAUUGUGGCAAUUGUUUUCCUUCGGUACACAGACCGUGCUGGUGUUUUCUCUCGUGCUUCCUAGAUACGUUAACUGUGUAAGCGACCCCCAGUGUCAUCUGAGUUCACUUAGCCACCAUUCGAACGUUGUGGCUUUUAUAACUACGUCUGUGUUCUUCUUCUCCAGUCAUGUUCCAGAUAAACUCAUUCCAGGCAAGGUUGACAUUAUUGGGCAAGGACACCAGAUUUUUCACGUAUUAUGCACGGUGGGAACGCUUCUGCAAUUCGACACAAUUGUGUGGGAUAUAAAACACUAUGCCACAAUGGACAUGAUUCCAAGUACAUCGGCUAUAUGUCUUGCAAUGUGUUCAUAUCUUCUCUUAGUUAUAUGUGUUAUUAACACACUCCGUCCGUUUGUUGUAGAUAGGAUACAAAAGGAUCUCAAUUUCAAAACUCGACUAAACAAUAAAUUACAAUGAAUCAAACAAAG